UUGGUGGUGGAUUGGUAUUAUUGACAGAACGCACGAUGAGCAAGAAAGUCCCUGCCGCCGUCGCGGCGUCCGUGGAGAAAGAACAUGACGAACGCACGGACGUCGAAGAAGAAGAAGACGACGAGGAACAACCUGUCGUGGAAGAGGACAAGAGCAAAGCGGAAGAGGCGAGCGCCAUGAACAACAUGAACGCGGGUGACGACGACAAGGACGGCAAGGACGACGUUGACGUUGGUUCGCUCAGAAAGCUCCUGACAUCGCUCAAGGCACAGGAAGAGCAAGACAAGGAAGCCACAGCGAAGCGGGAAAAGGAGUUGGCAGCCAUCAAAGUGAACAAGGACGACGUUGCCUUGCUCGCGUCCGAGCUGUUGCUGACCCCCGCGCAAGCAGAGCGCAAGCUGCGUGAAGCCCACGGAGACCUCCAUGGAUGCUUGAAAGCAGCUCUGCGAUUGCCGUAGAGACUGCCAAAUAUUGUAAACCUACUUUUCUAUUGCGA